UUGGAAGAGUGCUGCCAUUUUCAUAAAGUAAUUAAAGUACUGUAAUGAUUAUUAAUAAAUAGUGUGUAAUAAGCAUGUCAUAAAAACAAAUUUUAUAUUUUCAAGAUCACUGCUUUUAUAAUUUAUACUCAAGUAAAGGAGAAAAUCCCUGGAAAUACUCAUUUUUAGACGGGGGUUCAGGAGACUUGAAAUUUGAGUAAAAGGGGUUCACAGAUUGUUAAAGUUUCGGAACCACUGAUCUACACUAAAAUGUUGCUCCGACUGAUGUAACUUGCCUACUACAACGAAUUCAUAACUCCACCUCCGCAAGAAGUGUAGUGUGUAGGUCAAUGUAAUUUGGUCGACUCAAUGUCAGUGCAGAUAUUGUGUUGCUUACAUCUACUGUUGCUGCCUUUCAGAAGCCGUCCCACAAUGUCCCGCACUGACAGUCAAAUUGGUGCAAGCGCUCCUGGUGAGGAACACACUGUUAACACAAAGAACAUAGUGUGGACAUGCAACAACGAUUUAAUUACUGUGGUGGCUGUACAUUAAUGUAACUUAGGUUGACUUAAUUUUGUAGUGUAGACUUGCCCUAAAACUGCUUUCUCAAUAAGCAGCUGAAGGCGUGGAGAUAUCAAAGUGCCUUUCUCCCAAAAAACAAUCAGGAGUUCAAAAUAGAUGUUAUUAAACACCUAACAAUAACAAAAAACCCAAAACAGUGUGACACAGUCCCUUUCCCUUAGAGUGUUCCCAGAUGAGACUAUUUUAAUCCAGAGUUAAUUGAUAGCAAACUCUGAGUGGCAAAUAUGUUUGUAAAUGAGUAUCCUGGACAAACAUUUUUGAGUGUCCACACUGGGAUUUACAAAUGUGUUAGCUAAUUCGAGUUAACUGGCUAUCAGUUUACUUGAGUUUAAAAAGUUCUAGUCUAGACAAAUCCUCAGUUGCUCAGGUUUCACUCUUGUCGUGCCAUAAUCUCAGUAGACUUGCAUCAUAAACGGGAACAUCGUAAUGUUAGAGUCAAUUUUCUUUCAGACCCUUUAUACAUCAUAAAGAAGCAAAAAAGGACAAAUGUAACUUUUUUUUCUUCUAAAAAUAUUGUGUAUAUAAAUAGAUCAGCGUAAUGUUAAAGUCAACAGUUUUGAUCUUGGGUGCUUAAAUUUAGGUAACUAAAUCCAUUUAGGCAUACAUACUUGAAAAUAUUCCUUUUACAUGAAUAUUAAACUGGCCAACGUGAGUAUCCCGUGAGGUGUAGGGCAUAUAUAUUGUGCAUGUUGAAAAUAAAUAGAUCUAUUAAUCUGCAUAACUCUCAAAUGAAAAUUGAGAAUGCUAUACACACUGGGGGGUUUUAUAAGAAUGUUAACUUUUUAAUUUUCCAACUAACUGUGCAACCUUAAUGUUUUAAAUAAUGUGGCUUUUUUGCAAUGAAUUAUUCUCUAACUGGGUACUAAUGAGCUAAAAUCUGGAGAAUGUUUGCAGCGGAGUGGGUAGUUUGGGAUAGCUGUGGCUUGGGUGUAAUAUUUUAUAUAUCUCAGGAAAUGUUUGUUUUUUUAAUAUGAAUGCGCACACGUUACUGCAAAGAAACACUGUAAAGAUUUUUCUUGAGCUAAUUGAUAUUUUAAACCUCUUAUUUUUAGAUUUUAAUAAAUGAACUUGACUGCAGUGGAAAAAUUUCCUUGCUGGCUUCUGGAAUUUACCAGACUACUUGUAGUUUUGUGGUUUUACUGGGCACAUAGAUUCUUUCUUAAUUUGGCCAAGAUUCUUGCAGAUUUACUUUAUACCUAAUCUAAUUACUGGUCUUUGAAAGAGCCAGAAAUUUUACUAUGUUUUUGAAAUAAUUGGGACUGUAGUCUGUCUUAUUUUGGAGGAUGAAAUUAAAGUACCACUAGUGCUGCCAAGAUUUCUGACAGGUCUAAUACAAAAUGAGACUGUCUUUAAAUAUUACUGAUUCUUCUCCCCUUCAUCCUAGCAGUUUUUCCUUGCGAAUGGAGAUAACAGCUAGUCUUCCUCAGAACAAAGUUUGAACCAACAGAUUUGACAGCAGUGUUCGGCUGUCAUUGCAACAGUUUGAAGCGCUUUAAACUGAUUUUAAUGACAGGAGCAGUGACAAGGUUUGCAUGCCUAAAACGUGAUCAUUUUUGAUACUUAGACCUUUCCGUAGACUAGAAGCUAUAGUUGUAUUUAACAUCAUGUGCUCCCUCUGGUAUGAUUCUAGCACAACCUGCAUCCAACCCAAAUUACUCAAUUCUGUCUAGGUUCCGCUAGGUUCCACAUACACUGGAGUUCCUGCUAGGGCUGACCCAUGACCAAGGCAAUUCAUGUCAGCUUUAUUGUGUUACUGUGUUACUGUCCAUGUGGAUGGAGGCUAAUGUCAUGUUAAAACACACAAGUCAAAUUGGUCUUCCAUAACCCUUUGAACUACAGCAGUGAUCUCUUUGGCUAUGUAGCUAAUCUUCAUUGCUCAGGGGUCAGCAAGGCCAAAAACCACCUACUGGUUUAAAUUUCCCUGAAUGGCCACAUGCAUUCCAGCUGAAGACUGAUUCCACAGCAACCAAUUACUUUUGGCAACUGAUCAGCAAACUGCUUCAUGCUUCAUCUGUAAAUUAGUUAUCUAUCUGCUAUAAAACUAUAAUGUUGGCAACUAGCUACCCACAAUGCUUCUAGCAUGUCAGCUGUGGGCAUCUUAAUUUUGGCUGUCUUCUGGGCCAAGGCACCAGCCGUGCAGAAUUCCUUUAACAGAAAUCACAAGGCUUACAAUAAGAUUUCAAGUCAUCAUGCCAAACUGGAAAUUUCCCAGACCAGAAUGAAAGCCAUAUCAAGGGGAUGAAGGUGGCCUAUAGGAAGACAAAGAACAGUAAAUCCAGGAAUGUUACCAACGUUUUGUCCAUUUCCUCAUGAAAUGAAUUGAAUUAUGAGAUUCUGCCCCAGUACAAGGCUGGUAUACUUAAUGGACAGCUUGGCCCUCUUAAUGCUGCUCAUCCCAGGCUCGAAUCAAGAAGACCCAUGUCCUAACUGGACAUGCUUCACAGUCGUCUUGCCAGGAGAACAAUUCAAAAGAGGGCAGACUGCUUGAAUUUCAGGCAUUGUCAUACCUCUGCUAGUCUCCUUCUCAGCUGGAGCUUGGAAAAAGGAGACUUCAGGUUGCAGAGAGAGGGUGACAAGCAGCUUGACUGCCGGACCAUGGCUGAAUAUGUUCGUCCUCAGAGAUGUGAACGGAGGACAGUGAAUUCCAAAGACAUACAUUUCAGGGAUUUUGAGGACACUUGUGACCACUUGCAUGGUGAAAGAGCAUCAGCAAAAGUGGAAAAAAUGGGUGUAAAAACAUUUACUCAUAAUUCCCCUGCUCACAGCCAGGAGAUGCUUGGAAAACUUAACAUGCUUCGCAACGAUGGACAUUUCUGCGACAUCACCAUUCGCGUACAGGACAAAAUCUUCAGGGCACACAAGGUGGUCUUGGCAGCCUGCAGCGACUUCUUCCGCUCCAAACUAGUUGGCCAAGCAGAAGAUGACGGCAAGAGUGUAUUAGACUUGCAUCAUGUGACAGUGACUGGCUUCAUACCCCUUCUGGAGUAUGCUUACACAGCCACACUGUCUAUCAACACAGAAAAUAUUAUUGAUGUGUUGGCUGCAGCCAGCUACAUGCAAAUGUUCAGUGUUGCUAGUACAUGCUCAGAAUUCAUGAAGUCGAGUAUUUUAUGGAAUACGCCCAACAGCCAGCAAGACAAGGUGCUAGAUGCAGGACAAGAAAACAGUGCAAACUGCAACUUUACUUCUCGAGAUGGCAGCCUUUCUCCGGUUUCCUCCGAAUGCAGUGUGGUGGAAAGAGCCAUUCCUGUUUGUCGAGAGUCCCGAAGAAAGCGCAAAAGCUACAUUGUCAUGUCUCCUGAAAGUCCACUUAAGUGUAACACACAAACGAACUCCCCCCAAGUGCUCAAUCCUUCAGCUUCCUACGCAGAGUCCAGAAAUCAGCCAGUAGACUCUUCCUUAGCUUUUCCUUGGACUUUUCCUUUUGGAAUUGAUCGAAGGCUUCAGUCUGAGAAGGUGAAACAGGUAGAGAAUUCUAGGACUUUAGAACUCCCUGGGCCAUCUGAGGCAGCCAGAAGAAUUACUGAUUAUGUGACAUGUGAGAGCACAAAAGCCAGUUCACCUCUUGUGAUUGAAGAAGAUGUGCGUGUCAAAGUGGAAAGGUUAAGUGAUGAGGAGGUUCAUGAGGAAGUAUCACAGCCUGUGAGUGCAUCCCAGAGUUCUCUGAGUGAUCAGCAGACAGUCCCAGGAAGUGAGCAAGUUCAGGAAGAUCUCCUGAUCAGCCCACAGUCUUCCUCUAUAGGUUCAAUAGAUGAAGGGGUUACUGAGGGAUUACCCACUCUCCAGAGUACCUCUGGCACUAAUGCUCAUGCAGAUGAUGAUGAUCGGUUGGAGAGUGUUCAGUAUCCCUACCAACUCUACAUUGCCCCUUCUACCAGUAGCACAGAGAGACCCAGCCCAAAUGGCCCGGAUAGACCUUUUCAGUGUCCAACCUGUGGGGUCCGAUUCACCCGCAUUCAGAACUUAAAACAGCACAUGCUCAUCCACUCAGGCAUUAAACCAUUUCAGUGUGACCGUUGUGGGAAAAAGUUCACCCGAGCUUACUCGCUCAAGAUGCAUCGCCUGAAGCACGAAGGUAAACGCUGUUUCCGGUGCCAGAUAUGUAGUGCCACUUUCACUUCCUUCGGGGAAUAUAAACACCACAUGCGGGUUUCCCGGCAUAUUAUCCGCAAGCCUCGGAUUUACGAGUGCAAAACAUGUGGCGCCAUGUUCACCAACUCUGGAAAUUUAAUCGUUCACCUGAGGAGUCUGAACCAUGAAGCGUCAGAGCUAGCAAACUACUUCCAGAGCAGUGAUUUCCUAGUCCCGGACUACUUAAACCAGGAGCAGGAAGAGACCCUCGGGCAAUAUGAGCUAGGAGAGCAUGGGUUUGAAAGCAACUCCUCUGUCCACAUGCCUGUCAUUUCGCAGGUCUCGUCGACUCAGAAUUGCGAAAGCACUUUCCCCUUGGGGUCUUUGGGUGGGUUGGCAGAGAAAGAGGAAGACAUGCCGGAGCAGCCAAAGACUAAUGCCAGUGCCGAGGCAACCAGUGAUGACCCCCCGAAAUCAGAGCUGUCCUCUAUUACUAUUGAAUAAUUCAUGGUUUGGUUUCAUUUUUGUUCUUUGGAAAGUGCCUGUGUUUGGUCCUGUACAUUUUAAUUUAAUUUUUUUAAACAAAAGGAGGGAGAUUUCCCUUUUUACUUUGUAAGCUACACUUUAAACAGAAAACUGCAACAGAUGUUACAUUAUUUUUCAUGACUGAAUGAUCAGUUCGGUGAAAAUGUUUAAGACUGAAUGCACAAUAAGUCAGAGCAUCAUAAAAGCUGUGAUGCACUUCUAAAGAAGAAGCAAUCGACUGAAAUCACUUCAACUUCCUUCUUCCACAAUUAAAACAGCUCAUUACAUUUCUAAUGCUUCUGCAGACCCUCUGGUAAAGGGAGAGAAUCAGAAGACACUUUUAAAAUGACCAGUACAAGCAUGUAUGCUCGCAAGUUAAUUAAUGAGCAGAGUUUUGACUAACUUUGAGUAGAUGCGUUAAUCCUCUGCUUAAAAUAUGGCAUGUCCUAUCUUUGUCCUUACUGUUUUUCAGACUGCUUACUAGAACCCUUUUCUUGGAAAUUGUAAGCAUUUCUGAAAUUUAACAGUACCGCCCUUUUAAAAAAUGUCUCUUUACAAAAAAAAUCUCUGAAACAGUUCUGACAAACUGAGUGAUGAUGCCAUGCCAGGUCCUCCCACUUCUGAUAUUCCACUCCGUUUAGAAACUGCUCAUUCAAAUAACCAAUCCUGAUUUGCUUAUAUGGGGCGAGACAUACAGUCAAGGAGAGUAUAAAUCCAUGCAAGCCUGACAAAUCUGUCAUCACUGUAUCUUUCUGAAAAGGAAACCAACUUUAAAAAAAGAAAAAGUGUCCCAGACUAAAAUUCUUAAACCUUGGCCAGACUGCUUGCAGUCCUAGUCACUUUCCCCUAUCACACAUAUCACUAAUAUCCAAAAGCUGGCUAGAGAGAGUUUACAGAGGAAAAAACAAGUUCUUUUGUGCAUUAUUGCACACUUUUGUGCUUAUACAUAUGCAUGUAUGCUUUCUGGGGUUUUUAUUAGUCUGUUUUGGACAAAACAACCAAUUUAUUCUUUUUAGAGGCCAAGUUUCUAACCCAACGGGGUUGUUUAUAAAAACCCUAUAUAACAGUGUUAUGUUAUUCCUGUUCCAAAACAUUUUAAACCUUUGCCAAGUUAGUUUAUUAAAGGCUGUUACUCCAGCUACGUACACAGCUCAAACAAGCAAUAAAGUGAAAGAUUUGCCAUUUCAUUUUUUCCAGAUUUAGAAAAGGUUGUAAAUUUUGAGUAUGGGAUUUUCAGAGCAGUGAUUCUCAUUUUGUUGCAGGCAGUUUGGGCUAUAGUAAAGCUUAGAAACUUAAAUUAGGGAUUGUAUAAAUUCUUUGGCUGCUGAUGAAAUUAACUCUGUUUGAUACACAAACAGCUGUGCUCCACAAUCCACAGCAUGCUGAGA